CUAUAUAAUUUUAUUCACUUUUGUUUUUUAUUUUCAACAGAAUUUGUGAUAAAAAUAUUUUAGUAAAUUUUUUUUUUAUAUAGAAUUUUAUUAUUUCCAAUUGAUGAAAAUGAAGUGGCAAUUUAAACUCGAUCAUAAUUUUGAUCAUCGGUGCAAUGAGUCUACAAAGAUAAGAGCGAAAUAUCCAAAUAGAAUUCCUGUAAUUGUUGAAAAAGCAGAGGGUUCAGGAAUAGUGAAUAUUGACAAACGAAAAUAUCUCGUUCCUGCAGAUAUUACUGUUGGUCAAUUUAUGUGGAUUAUAAGAAAAAGAAUUCAACUUGCUCCAGAAAAGGCUAUUUUCUUAUUUGUUUGUAAAAUGGUUCCAAAUUCUAGUUUAACAAUGGGAGCAUUGUAUGAGGAACACAAAGAUGAAGAUGGAUUUCUCUAUAUCGCUUACAGUGGUGAAAAUACUUUCGGCAGCUCCUGAAAACAGCGCAAAAUAAACUAUACAAUUUUUAAGAUAUGUUAGAUUAUUAAAUGGAUCACAAUUAUUCGAUUAGGGUUUAUUGUUAUUGUUGUGUGGGAUAAUUUUUGAAUAGUUGUCUUGGUGAAAUUUGCUAUUUGUCAUAGUAUAGACUUGCAAAAGUAAACAAUUUAUGUCAAACAUGUCUCAAGUUAAUCUGAAAAUGUUUAGGAUAUAACAAAAUUUCAAAAUCACAUAAAUAUGGACUGUAAGACAGAAAAGGAAACUGAGAUGUUAACACAUUUUGCAGUUCGAAUAUUGAUAUAAUAUAUUUUUUUUAAUUUUAUGGUAUUUUCUGCGUCAAAUUUGUAACAUGUAAGUUAACACCGCCAUUGUUUCUCCGUAAGAUAAUGUCAAGCAUGCAGUUGUAAGAGUUUAUCCCGAUUGACGAUUUGGUCCGCCUCUCGUUUGAAAAGUUGUUCAAGUUCCUCCCCACAGUAAAUCUCAUAUCAAAAAUGUUUCAGUUGUUCUGUUGUAUAUUUGUUGCUUUUUAAAAAGUCAGAAAUGUUGGAAUAAUAAUUUUGGUAUGAAGCGCUUAAACUUUUAGCCUGGUCGUUUAAAGAAAUCAAAAUUGCAUUUUGCUAAUUGUUCAUAACCUUUUUAUCGAUUAAAAAGUAUUCAAACUUGUUCAAUCUUACACACCACUCAUGCUUUGUAUUGUAUUUAUUUUUGUUUCCACAUGUGCAUUUCAAUUAGUCAGAAAACAUGUGCUGAAUUAUAUUUGAUCCUGGAUGGGCAAGAGAUGAAGCUGAUUCGGAAAUACCAUCCACUUUUCUUGACAUGCACUUUUUGUUUAGAUGUAUGGGUGUAUUUUUGAAUACUUUCUUUUAUGAAUACAUGUGAAUAUUUAGCCUACAUUAA